AUGGCCACCAGACCCUACGACGAGGAGGAACUCUCCAUCUCCCUGUCGCCCUCACAGAUUCGACGUCGAGUCCCCGAGAUCAACGUCACCCCGACGACAUCCGAUCCUAACAAUGGCAAACAACGAGCAAGCGACCAUGCCAGCACCGCCGUCCCAACCCAUCGCGAGAAGGGAAGGACGGAACAGCGUGUCGGCCAGUACAACAUCAUUCGCACUCUUGGAGAGGGUUCUUUUGGCAAGGUCAAACUCGCUGUACACAGGAGCACUGGGCAGCAAGUUGCUCUCAAGAUCAUAUCUCGCAAAAAGCUCAUCAGUCGAGACAUGGUCGGUCGUGUCGAACGAGAGAUCGAGUAUCUGCAGUUGCUCAGACAUCCCCAUAUUAUCAAGCUCUACACUGUGAUCAAGACGAGUGCUGAGAUUAUCAUGGUCCUCGAGUACGCAGGCGGUGAGCUGUUCGACUACAUCGUCUCCCACGGGAGAAUGCAAGAGGACAAAGCCCGGCGAUUCUUCCAACAGAUGAUAUGCGCUGUUGAAUAUUGUCACAGACACAAAGUUGUGCAUCGUGAUUUGAAACCUGAAAAUCUACUCCUGGAUGACAACCUCAACGUUAAGAUUGCCGAUUUCGGUCUCAGCAACAUCAUGACAGACGGUAACUUCCUCAAGACAAGCUGUGGUAGCCCCAACUAUGCAGCCCCCGAAGUCAUCAGCGGAAAGCUGUAUGCAGGCCCGGAAGUGGAUGUCUGGAGCUGCGGUGUCAUCCUCUAUGUCCUGCUCAUCGGUCGGCUACCAUUCGAUGAUGACCAUAUCCCCAGUCUCUUCGCAAAGAUCCAGCGUGGUGUUUUCAAUAUUCCGUCCUGGUGUCCCGUAGGAGCGGCCAACAUGAUUAGAAAGAUGUUGGUGGUGAACCCCCUGACAAGAGCAACCAUUGAGGAGAUUCGACAAGAUCCAUGGUUCGCACACGAGCUGCCGUCGUAUCUAGCACCCCCGCUUGAGGAAUUCCUCAACACCGGUGUCGACCCUAACAAGGCCAUCAACCCAAGUGAUAUUGCUCCGCAUGCCCCUCAGAAGGUCCAGGAGAAGUUGCACAAUGAAGUCACUGAAAAGAUCAGCAAGACAAUGGGCUACGGCAAGCGAGACGUUGAAGAAGCCCUCGGUGCAGACGAACCCUCGGCGAUUAAAGACGCAUACAUGAUUGUACGCGAGAACAAGCUUAUGCAAGUAAAUCCCGCCUAUGGCACUGGGAAUGACAACCCAUAUUUCGCAUCAUCGCCGCCUACUACAAAUCACGAGGAACAUGCCGGCAGCCUGAACUCAGCGAUGCAAGAUGCAUCCCUCAAAGACAAUGAAUUUGACUCUGCGGCCAGUCCCCUUGCAGAUUCGACACGGUCGAAUGCAUCGACUAUUACGAGCACAUCACCACGUGGAUAUGUCAGUAAAAUUGGUAUACUACCUACUAGUCUACCAGCCUUGCACAAGGAGGCCCUGGAUCGCCACAAUGCCGGUGAUGAAGAGGCGCAUGAGGACCAGCCUCUUCCCGAUCUUCCAUCUCAUCCAAGGACCCCAGCUGAGCAUCAGGAGGCAAUCCGCCGACUCAAGCCACACUCCAAAGGCAGUGUCAGACUUGAUGAUAGUCAGAGUCGCCCGGCUCCCAUGACUCCUGUUGUGCAGAAAAAGAAUAAGCCUGUGCGUUGGCAAUUCGGCAUACGCUCUAGAAAUGCGCCCUGGGAAGCGCUGCUCUGCAUCUACAAAGCACUCCACAAGUUGAACGCAACUUGGGUGGUGAACGAGGAUUAUGAUGAGGUCCAUGGUCCAGAAAAUGAGCAGUCCAAAAGGGCACAGGCACCUAAUCCAUAUGAAGGAAUGAAGCCCGAGGACAUCGACCUAGCUACGUUCAAACCUACCAAAUACUACAAGCUUCCGGCAGAUCCUUGGCAUAUUGUAUGUCGUUGGACUAAGCAAGAUAUGAAAAAGCACAUGCCCUCCGAUGGCGAUGACAAUGCCCAUAUUGUUUCCGUGCUUGACAACCGCAAGCAGGACUUUGUCAAUAUGCACAUGGAGAUUCAAAUUUACGAGAUGGAAUAUGGGGUCUACCUAGUUGACUUCAAAUGCAGCGGCUACGAGCGACCUGACGGGACCAUGCUCGAGGAAAAGGACGUCAUGAGUCCUUUCCCGUUCUUAGACAUGGCAGCCAAGCUCAUUAUCCAGCUUGCAGAAGCAGACUAA